CUCCGCCUCUCUGAGCACUCUGACCGGGCUCAGGGAGAGUUCAGACCCCGGCGUGCAGAAGCGCAGCAGCGGCUGAGUGGGAGAUAUCAGUACUUUCAGCUGAGCGAUGGCUUUGGGGGUCUUAAAGACUGCAUUGAGAAAUCAAGAUACAUCAGACCAGGCUACUUUGUUCUUCCAGUCUUCAGCUGUCCAGUUUUGCCUGAGAUCCGUCUACAGACUGCAUAAGAUACAAGCACACCUGAUGUCCAGCAACGCAAGUCCUGAGGUUUUGUUUGAAAGAGUGGGGAAUGCAGGCGUGAUCAUACUGAACCGACCCAAAGCUCUCAAUGCGCUGACCCUCAAUAUGAUCCGACAUAUUUACCCUCAGCUUAAGAAAUGGGAGAGUGAUUCAGAGACUAGUAUUGUAAUCAUCAAGGGUGCUGGAGAUAAAGCUUUCUGUGCUGGAGGAGACAUUAGAGCUCUCUCAGAUGCUGGGAAAGUAGGAGAUCCUUUAGUAAAAGAGCUUUUCCGUGAGGAAUACAUUCUGAACAACGCUACAGGUACCUGUAAGAAGCCAUAUAUAGCCCUCAUCGAUGGAAUUACGAUGGGAGGGGGUGUUGGCCUUUCGGUCCAUGGGCGGUUUCGUGUGGCCACCGAGAAGACGCUGUUCGCCAUGCCGGAGACUGCUAUUGGGUUGUUCCCUGAUGUCGGAGGUGGCUACUUCCUCCCAAGGCUCCAGGGAAAGCUGGGGCUGUUCCUGGCUCUGACCGGCUUCAGGCUGAGAGGCCGAGAUGUUCAGAAAGCAGGGGUGGCCACACACUUUGUGGAGUCUGAGAAGAUCGGCGCUCUUGAAAAGGACCUGGUGGACCUGAAGGCCCCCUCGGUCAGUGACGUGGCUCAGGUCCUGGACUCCUAUCACCAACAGAGCACCCUGGACGCUGAGAAGCCGUUCGUCCUGCAGCAGCACACUGAAGCUAUUGACAGGCUCUUUACAGCCAGCAGUGUGGAGGAGAUCAUGGAGAACCUGCAGAAGGACGGCUCUGCUUUUGCUCAGAAGCAGUUAGAGAUUUUGUCUAAGAUGUCUCCAACGUCUCUGAAGCUGACCUUCAGACAGCAGCAGGCUGGAGCCACUAUGACUCUUCAGGAAGUGUUUGUGAUGGAGUACAGACUCACCCAGGCCUGUAUGAGAGGGCAUGACUUCUAUGAGGGAGUACGAGCGGUGAUUAUCGAUAAGGACCAGAAUCCUAAAUGGAAGCCCCCGACUCUGGCUGAGGUCACGGAGGAGUUUAUGGAAGAAAGCUUCAGAUCACUGGGAGAGAGAGACCUGGUGUUUUGAGCACUGCUCUACUGCACCACUCUGGAGAGAGAGAGAGAAUAAGAACAUUUUAAGUGCAUUUUUUUCUUCAUCAUCCCUGAAAUUUAUUAAUAAACUACUUUGCGCUGAGUCAGUGUUGAGGGGGAAAGUACAAUGCUGAGUUCCUGAAGUGUACAAGGACCGAACCUUUUUUAGUGCUAGUCUUUCUGCUGGCUGCUACAUUACUGGGUGAUGCUACAGCUUAAGAAAUCAUCUCUCUCUCUCUCUCUCUCUCUCUCUCUUUCUCUCUAUCUCUCUUAUUUCUCCUUUUCUCUCUUGUUCUCUCUCUUGACCCCUUGGCCUUUUAGCGUUUUUUUUUUCCCCCUCAUUAGCUUCUACAUACUGAGCAUUGAUAGCUCUAUUCUAAAACCUAGGCUUCUAUUGACUUGUGGUAUUGGGUCUUCUGUAGGUCUGUCCUAUAAAAACACCGGUACCACUUUAAAAUGAGACUACCUUUAUAAAGGGUUUAUAAAUGGCUUACAAUUAGUUUACUAAUUAGGUUGUAAAUGCCUUAAAAAUCAUUACUAAUCAGUUAUAACACAUGUGUAGAAAGGGCAACAUUAUAGAUGGCUGUGGGUUCACUAUUUGGCAAACAACAGGUCAUUGUUGCCCUUUCUAUGCAUGUGUUAUAACUGAUUAAUAAUGAUUUUUAAGGCAUUUACAACCUAAUUAGUAACUAUUAAUAAACUAAUUGUAAACCAUUUAUAAACCCUUUAUAAAGGUAGUCUUAUUAUAAAGUGGUACCAAAACACCUUUUUGUAGCUUAUUGGUAGAGGUGAGCUAAAAUUUGAAAAAGUUGAAGUUUAAAGUGAAAUUUACUUCAGUGUGACGGGAACUCUCUUUGACAACACUUCACGUAAAAAACAGUAAGACACCAUACAUAAGAUAUCUCAACAUCUUAACACAUUACAUAAAGAAAGUCUAGGCUUCAUUUGAGUUGUGUUUGUUCCUUAAUAAAAUUGUCCUAUAAAGGGCGUUUUCACACCAUCACUUUUUGGUUCAGUUGUAGCCUUAGUUCGGUUCGAUUGAGCAGGUGUGAAAACAGUAAUUGCACUCUGGUGUAGAUCAAAAUAUCCAGACCGAGAUCAGCUAGUUUAGGUGAUCUUGGUCCGGUCCUAAACAAACUCGGUUUGCUUGUAGUAAGAACGUGAUCCUGUCUCGAUCCGACCUAGCUAUCAAAUAUGUUCCUUUUAUUUGAGUUAAACUGCUGAUAAGGUUCAGUUUAAUCUGAUAUAUUAGCCAGAUAAUGCUAAUUACCACAGCUAUGAACAAACACUGUCUUUACUGCUGCUCCAUGCUCUUUAUACGCACAGUCCUGCACAGCCCUACCUAUUAAAAACACUGUGUUUAAUAGUGUUUCAGUGUUCUGUGUUAAAGCAGCAUCACACUGCACAGAUAUAUACACACUGGAACACUGGAAUCUUCUCACCAUAUUUACUUUCUUGCUCCCGCACCAGACAGCUCUGACCAAUCAUGAUUUAUUGGUGCGCAUUCUGGUGCGUUUAGGUUUAUGCCUGUGUGAAACCAAACCAAACAGAGGAAGAAAACGCUCCAAAUAAACAAACUCAAUAACUGAUCCAGGUCAUAGAAACUUUCACAACUACAGGUGUGAAAACGCCCUUAAUAGCCUAUCGGUCGCACAUAUGGAAGAGUCUAACAAGACUCUAUGGUGAAGGAAAUAAAAUAUUAUUCUAAAAACUUUUUAAACAUUUUAAAGUGAGCUCUGCUCCAGAGGUUUUGUUUCAUAUCAUUUUUGGUAUCUGUUUUUCUAUAUCACCCAUUUGAGUUGUACACUUACAGAGAAUUGUGGGAUAGUCGCAGCUCUCAGAUCAUUACUAUAUUUCUCGGCUGUAUACAAAGAAUUGUAUUUUUGUAUAGCUGUACAUUAAGAGUCCUUCGCUUUAGAACAACCUUCUAUAUAAGGUAGAUGCAGAGAAUUACACCUCUCUCUGCUUUGAGAUACAGGCUCUGUCUGUCUGCCUGCCUGUUGGCCUUUAAUGUCUUCCUUCUUGUUAGCUAAAGCACUGGUCUCUCUCUCUCUCUCUCUCUCUCUCUCUCUCUCUCUCUCUCUCUGUCUCUUAUUGUGUGGCCUCUUAGCAAAGCAAUUUGCUAAUCACUCGAUAUUAACCACAACCAUUCUCUGACAUUUUACGGGGUUUUUUUUGGCUGAAAAUUAGCUCCACACACCAAUCCAGUGUUUAUAACCUUUAGCAACAAAUGAGCCAUGAACUGGUGUAAUGCUUCAGCUGCUGUGUUAAUGUUUGUCUCCUGUAAUCAGCACAGCAUUCACUGUAAAAUCAAAUCAAAGAUCAAUUAAAGUCUCAAAACACCAUAUUUAUACUGGCUGCCAGCUGUGAUAACAGUUUUAAUGGAGGUGGGCGGAGAAUGGUUUGAAUGGAUAGUUGAUUUCCGAGCAUUUCUAAAUUUGUGUGUAACUUUUUGAAUGAAUAAAUCAUUGUUGUGUAAUAUUUGAA